AUGCCAGCAUUGUCCCAGACCAAGGCGUUGGUGUCCCGCGGCCCCGUCUCACAGGGCAAGUGGUCGAUCGAGCCGGUCAAGCUGCGCGAGCUCGAGGACGACGAGGUGCUCGUCGAGAUUGUGGCCUCCGGUAUCUGUCAUACCGACUUGCACUGCGGCAACACGCCAGAUGACAAGGGCGUGCCCGCCGUUUACUAUCCUCGUGUUCUGGGACAUGAAGGUUCCGGUUAUGUCAAGAAGGCAGGUUCCGCCGUCACUUCGGUAAAGGAAGGCGAUGCCGUCCUCCUGUCCUUUUCUUAUUGUGGUGAUUGCCAUGUCUGCAAGACUGGACCACCCUCGCAUUGCACCGAUUUUUUCAACAUCAACUUCAUGGGAAAGCCCGUCUUUACCUCGCAACAUGUCAAGACAGCAAUGGACCCCUCGGCCGCGAGCAACCCCGACAUUGGCGGGCGCUUCUUUGGGCAGUCGUCCUUUGCGCGGCACACGAUUGUGUCAUCCAAGUGCCUCGUCAACGUGGCGCCGCUCAACCUCGAGGCCGACGAGCUCCGGCUCCUCGCGCCGCUGGGCUGCGGCCUGCAGACGGGUGCUGGCACCGUGCAAAACGUGGCAAAGGCGGGCCCCGACGACUGCGUCGCCGUCAUUGGGCUGGGCGGCGUCGGUCUGGCCGCCGUCAUGGCCGCCAAGAAUGCCGGCUGCCGCAAGAUCAUUGGGCUCGACCGUCUGGCCUCGCGUCUGGACUUGGCUCGCGAACUCGGUGCCACGGAUGUGGUCGACACGAGCAACAAGUCCACUGCCGAAAUCGUAGAGGCCGUCAAGAACGCUUCUGAUGGUCUAGGGGCCACUAUAGCGAUUGAUACUUCGGCGCACCCACCCCUUGUUGAUGCUGCUGUACAAUUCACAAGAUACAUGGCACAAAUCAUCCAGGUCGGGACAGGUAUGCCCGAAUCGUUCUUGAAUCUGCAUAUGCAAAGUUUCAUGGUCAGUGGUAAGCGCUACUUUGGAGCUGUUCAAGGGCACAGUCGGACGGCCGAGUAUAUCCCCAAGUUAAUACAAUGGUGGCGAGAUGGGAAAUUCCCCGUCGAGAAACUUAUCAAGACAUUUGACUUUGAGGAUUUCGACGGUGCCAUUAAAGGUAUGGGCAACGGAUCAGUAGUGAAACCAGUGCUCGUCUGGAAAAGUGAAUAG